UUCGCCAGUUGGCGAUAAGCAUCAAUCAUGCCUUUGGAGAUGAACUUUGCUCUCCAACGGAUACGGAGUGACUCACUUCCUGCCUUCACCAGAUGGCUUAGAACUUCUGCCUCGUGCUGGUAGAUGGAAUUACGGCCAAUGUAUCAUGAUAUAUAUUUGUUAAUUUAAUUUCUAAUUAAAAUAUAUUUUUGUUAUUUAAAUGGCUGGCAGUUUUUAUUAAAUAAAAAUGUUUAAUACUUUAAUUUAAAGUAAAUUUGGCAAUGCGUGUUAAACCACGCACCAAACUGGUGACCCGGUACUUUCGUUUUUUACUCUUCUAAAAUUUGUGAAGUCCAGCCUCAAAAUUUUAAAAUAUGCUCAAAUCAGAUUUUGGUGAUUGAGCUCUUCAAUUACUUUUCGUAAUGGAUUAUUUUGAAUUAUUGUGCCUAGAAGUAAUGCAUCAAGGACCAGAUGAGUACCUGGGAUCAGUGCUGUAAGCAUGGUAAAUUUAAUGCCAAUUUUUCAAAAACUAAGAAAACUGAUAAAGAUCUAAGAAAAAUUGAAAAAGUGAAGAACAGUGAAAAUUCAGACUUUCCUGAAAAUAAAGUUCAUACUCCUUAUUCACGUGCUAAUAAAAAAGAAGAGUUUACUGAAGUAAAGAAUGCAACAAAUGUGGAAAUUCAGUUGUCCUUUUUUGAAUUGGGAUUAAACAACUGUCUUAUAAAAUGGAUAGAGUCCCUUGGGUUUUCUUCACCUAACAGAGUCCAAAAUAAAGUGUUGUACCAUUUAUCUGAAAGCAGUUCCGAACACAUUGUUAUUAAAGCUCCAAAGAAAUCUGGCAAGACAAGUGCAACCUUAAUAUGGGUUUUAAAUAAAUUAUUAAAUGAUAAAAAUAAAGAAUAUCCAAAUGCUUUGAUGAUAUGUCCUACAUUUGAAAUAGCUGAUGCAACUUAUAAAUUUGUUGAACAAAUUUCAAAAUAUUGUGAUUUAAAAAUAUAUCCUGCUAUGAAAGGGACAAAAUUAAGCAGAAGUGACAAAGUGGUAGCUGAUUUAGUUAUUGCUACUCCUGACAAAGCAUUAGAAUUAUCGAAAUUGACUUUUAAUCUGAAAAAUGCAAAAUAUCUGAUUUUUGAUGAUGCACAUUGCAUGAGUGGUGAUGUGGGGAAUCUGAAAACGGUUUCUCGUGUUUGUUCUUUGUUGUCUUCAAAGUGCACCAUUAUCUUAUGUACAUUAUUUUGCAAUAAAGUGCUAGAUAACUUUAUUAAUAAAUUUCUGGUGCAAAAUCAAAGGAUAGAAAUUGAAAAUGAUGUGGAAAAAGUCACCCCAAAGGAAAUAUUUAUAGUUCAUUCCAAUAAGGAGGAGAGAGUCAGAGCUUUUAUAUAUUUGGUGAAAAGUAAUUCUUUUGAAGGUCAGACAGUUGUAUUCUGUAGAACAAAAGAGGAAUCAUAUCGUUUGGAAAGUGCAUUAGAUGAUGAAAAUAUCUCUGUUAAAAUUCUUAAUGGUGAUCUUAAGCCGCCAUCAAAAAGAAGUGACAUAUUACAACAGUUCAAAGAAAACAAAAUUCAGCUAUUAAUUACAACGUAUACAUUUAUGGAAGUACUGGAAGCAGAAAAUGUUACCAAAGUGAUUAAUUACGAACAAGUUUUAAGCAAUGAGACUAAAAGAUUAGAUCCUAAUAUUUAUAAUCAGAUCGAAAAUCUUUUGAAUGGCAGGAAGAAUUGUUUGAUUGGUAGCUUUAUUGAGAAGAAAUGGGAAGACGUUUUGAUUCAACCACGGCCUGGAGCAGUAAAAAAAGUUUAUGCAAACGCAACAAGCAUAUCUGCAAAUGACUUGAUUGAUGGACAGACAUUCUAAUAAAUAUUUUCAAAUGGUGAUUUCAAUAUUUUGUGUAUGUGUAUUGUAUUAUAAUGUAAUUUAAUAUUCAUUUUAGUCUUUUGUAAACAUUUUAAAUAAAAUUGAUUUGUAAUUA